GCCUCCCUAUUUUCAAUCUUACCUUCCACGUAUAUUUUAUAUUUACUUAUAUUACAUGCAUACGUAUACAUAUUCACUUUAAAAAACGAGCUACCAAUCUGUUUCUUGUCAGACAUACACACCGUAUUCAUUAUUCACAUUAAAAACCGAGCUACCUAUUUCUGUUUCUCAUCAAAUAUACACACCCCUAUAUAACGCAUCUCGCUUCUUCUGUCACAUCAUUUGUGUAAUAUAUGUACUCUUCUCUACAUCCACCAGAAAUUACAGAUCACACACAGAUCCAUACAUACAUCUAAUAAAUAUUAUAUAUACAUAUGUACUACUACUAGUUUGCGUUGAUAUAGAAAUGGGUGCGAGCGUGAAAAGAGCUCAGUUAGUCCUAAAUAUCAUCCUUCUUUUCAUUGGUGGUGGGGGUUCUCCUCUCCUAACACGUCUUUACUUCGUCCGUGGCGGAAACCGAGUCUGGUUCUCAAGCUGGCUCCAAACAGCGGGCUUUCCCAUCCUUCUCCUCCCUAUCGCCAUCUCCUACUUCAGCCACCGCCGCGCGAGCCAGAACAGCUCAUCCCCAGAUGGUCAUGUGAACAAGUUCUUCAUGAACUAUCGGCUGUUCUUUGCCUCUGUGAUCAUAGGAGUGCUGACGGGCCUCGACGAUUUUCUAAUGGCAAACGGCAUGGAGCGCAUUCCAGUGUCGACUUCGGCCCUGAUCUCUGCCACCCAGUUGGCUUUCACGGCGGGGUUCGCUUUCCUGUUAGUGAGACAGAAAUUCACUUCUUAUUCAGUCAACGCCUUAGUGUUGUUGACGAUUGGAGCGGCCGUUUUGGCUAUGCACGGCAAAAGUGACAAGCCGGAGAAUGAAUCAACUGGGCAGUACAUACUCGGAUUUGCCAUGAUGAUCGGAGCAGCGGCGUUGUAUGGGUUUAUCAUGCCUUUCCUGGAGCUAACGUACGCCAAGGGUGGACAGGAAAUAACGUACGCACUCGUGAUGCAGAUACAGAUGGUGAUAUGUCUAAUUGCUACUGGGUUUAGCACCAUAGGAAUGCUGGUUAACAAUGACUUCCAGGCAAUUCCAAGAGAAGCAAGAAACUACACCCUGGGAGAAACGAAGUACUACAUGGUGGUGAUUUGGAGCGCAAUCGGGUGGCAAUUUUCAUUCUUAGGAGUAAUAGGGAUUGUUUUCUGCGCAUCGUCUUUGCUAUCUGGAAUAAUGGUGACGCUUCUAAUCCCAGUAACUCAAAUAUUUGGUGUUAUUUUCUUGCGAGAAAAAUUUCAGGCAGAAAAAGGUGUUGCUCUUGCACUCUCCAUCUGGGGCUUUGUCUCCUACUUCUAUGGAGAAAUCAAAGCUCUCAAAAACCCUAAAAACAUUCCAGAAACCGAAAUGUCACAGCCUUCAAAUCCAUUAGUAUGAACCAGACUGUAUGAUAUUCACUUGUAUAAAUUAAUAUAAAUUAUAUUGUACAAUUAGACAAAGUUAUUAAUUGAAGUGAUCUCCCUAGCGCAGAGUAGUUGGGUAUAUUUAAUAAGCCAACUUAUGGUUGUAUCUUUUUUUGUCUCUCUCUUUGAAUACUAAUUUAAUAAUUUAUU